CAGACGCACAGUAUUUUAACUAGUCGUCGCUAGGACCGGACACCCUUUUUUCAAUAUUCGUUUCAUCGUUAUGCGUGUGCGUGAGUGUGUUUUUUCAUUGAUAUUAAUACGAUGCGUAAACCUAACACAACUCGCAGUGACCAGCGGGCGGAAUAACGGUCCCGCGCGGUAAUAAUAUCAUAUGUAUAAUAGUAUAAUAUAUAUAAAUAUACAUAUUCGCAGAGCCGACGGCGAUUGCCCGAGGUGACGUACUUUAUAAUAUUACCGGAGAUUUCGUACCAGACAUUCCGCGGUAACACGUAAUCCGUCGUCAUGGGUUGCAAACGUCAAAUGCUGCUGUGGUCCGCCACAUCGCAAUUCAUCGUCGCGGCCGUCGCGUUGGUCGUUGGUUCGACGCCGAUCUGCGACGUACACGAAGACCACCACGAUGACGGGCCACUGUACUUGUCGCCCAUGAUACGCGACGGCCGAAUCGACGAGGCGCGGGCCGCGUGCAGAGUGAACCUGAACAACAACACGGCCGCGGCGAACAGUUGCGCCGGUUACCUGACCGUGGACGAGGCGCACGAUUCCAACUUGUUCUUUUGGUUCUUUCCGGCCGCGAGAGGCGACGGUAAGGCACCAGUCCUGCUGUGGUUGCAGGGCGGACCGGGCGUCAGCAGCCUGUACUCGGUGUUCAACGAGCACGGCCCCUUUACGGUAAACGAGGCCGGCGACCUGCUGCCGCACCGGCACACGUGGACGUCCACGCACUCGAUGCUUUACGUGGACAGUCCGGUGGGCGUGGGGUACAGCUUCACCGGCGACGAAGCUGGUUACACCACCAACCAGACGGCCAUCGCCAAGAAUCUGUACGCCGCGCUGGUGCAGUUCUUCGAGCUGUACCCCGAGUACCGGGACAACGAUUUCUACGCGACCGGCGAGUCGUACGCGGGCAAGUACGUGCCGGCCGUGUCGUACGCCAUCCACCGGAACAAUGCCGGGGCCCGGGUCAAGAUAAACCUCAAGGGACUAGCCAUCGGCAACGGAUUUAUCGACCCCGUCAACCAGAUGGUACUCCCCGAGUUCUUGUACGAGCGAGGACUCAUCGACAAUACGAACAGACAGAUAAUGGAAAAAAUGGAUGACGAGGCCCGAGAGUUGAUCGCCGCGGGAAACUACAGCGGCGCGUACGAUGCGAUGUUACUGUCACAGUGGAUGUACACCAAGUUCUACGAUAUGCAAUACAUCAACAACGUGAUGUGGGAAUACGACCCGAUACCGUACAGGGGCGGUCACUGGUAUGAGUAUGUGCAGCGCACGUCGGUCCGGGCAGCACUGCACGUGGGCCUGCGUCAGUGGUCUGGUAUGGACGUGGUAUUCAGGCGGAUGAAGUACGACGUACCGCUGUCCGUGGCCCCGCGGCUGUCCGCGCUCCUGGAAACCGGCCAGUACCGCGUGCUCCUCUACUCCGGGCAGCUUGAUGCGAACGUGCCGUAUCAAGGCUCGGUGAACGUGGCCAAAGCGCUCCGGUGGAGCGGCGCUGAACGGUUCAGGAACGCGAAUAGUACGGCCUGGAUGGUGCCCGAGCGCAACUGUCGGAAGCGAUGCAAUACCACCGAGUCGGCCGGUUAUGCGACCACGUACGGUCCACUCACCUUGCUGCUGAUCAAGAAUGCCGGCCACAUGGUACCGCACGACCAACCGAUGUGGGCUCACGACAUGAUCGAUCGGUUCACGUCCGGCAAACCGUUUGACUGAAAAUCCACUACAACACACCACAUCUAUAAUAUAAUAGUGUACAAAUAAUAAUUUAUAUUGUAAUGACGUCCAUAUAAUUGUAUGUAGGUCCCCAUAUAUAUAUAUAUAUUAUUUGGUUGGGUGGUCAUGUCGCUCACCCCACUUUAUCGCGAAAAUGUGAAGCGACAACACAAUAACAAUAUAACGUUAAAGUUUCGUUGUAUAUACUAUUUAAAUUAAGAUUAACAUUUACACUGAAUAUUAUUGUUUGCCCAUUUCACAAAACGAAUUAACUGUACGUGGAAUCAUAAACGCUUUCGUUGUAUUGAAAGUUAUCUCUAUUUAUUUAUAUUAAUAAAUAUAUAAUCUUGUACUGUUUAAACA